GAAGAGGGCGACACUUGUCCGACUAACUGCAAACCACCAAGCGUUUUAAACUCAUAAGAACGACACAUGGACAAGUUCCGCACGGAGGAACCGCAUAAACAUCUUUUCACGUUCAAGGGUAGCCAACUUUAAAGCAAGCCCUCGGACGCGCUUCAUAGGAUGUUAAUAUAUAAAAAAGCAGGCAUCAAAGGUGCAUGGAUAUGGUGGUUCGUAUUCACUCUUCUCUCACUUCUUCAUGGAGUGAUGUCCGAAAGCAGUACAACCCUGGAUAUAAUGACAAAAUAUCCACUGAUUGAUGGACACAAUGACCUGGCAUUACGUCUGAGAAUGCACCAUAAUAACAAACUGAGCGCUUUCAGUAUGCACAACAAUCCUAAGGUGGCUACAGAUAUUAGUCGCCUCACUGCUGGCCAUGUUGGAGGACUGGUUUUUGCAGCGUACGUGUUGUGCACAGCUCAGGACAAAGAUGCUGUUAGAUUGACCUUGGAACAGAUUGAUGUAAUUCGUCGUAUAUGUACUGAAAACCCGGAGAUGGAACUGGUCACCACAGCAGAAGGAAUGAGGAACAGUACAAAAAUUGCAUGUCUAAUCAGUAUAGAGGGAGGCCACUCCAUCGACAACAGCUUAGCAGCACUACGCAUGUUCUACCAGCUUGGAGUAAGAUCCAUGGCCCUCACACACAACUGCAACACCCCAUGGGCUGAAAGCUCAUCUAGUGUUUACACAUUUUACCAGAAGAAGAAUAACAGCCUGAGCGAUUUUGGCAGGGCGGUGGUGAAAGAGAUGAACAGGUUGGGAAUGCUGGUUGAUCUGUCCCAUAGCUCAUGGGAGACAGCCAAAGCUGCGCUGGAAUAUUCUACAGCUCCUGUUAUUUUCAGCCAUUCUUCAGCCUAUGCUGUCUGUAACAAUAUCCGCAACGUACCUGACGACCUGCUGCUGCUGCUGAAAAAAAAUGGCGGGCUUAUCAUGUUGACCCUCUACAGCAGUUUUGUAGCAUGUUCAAAUAAGGCAAACGUGUCUAUUGUGGCUGAUCAUUUUGAUCAUCUAAAGCGGUUGAUUGGAACAGAAAGCAUUGGGAUUGGAGCAGACUUUGAUGGGACUCUAGGAUUUCCUGAAGGCCUGGAGGAUGUCUCCAAAUAUUCAGUGCUAAUUGAGGAGCUGGUAUCAAGAAACUGGACUGAGGAAGAGCUGGCAGGAGUGCUAAGGCUGAACUUCCUCAGAGUGUUCCGACAGGUUGAGAAGGUGCGCGACGAUAUGCUGCACACUUUACCCAGUGAAGCUGACAUCUCACUUUCAGAAGUAAGCAAGAGCUGCCGUACAGUGCUGGUCCCUCCAGGCACGUCUGAAAGUAGCCAUCGAAGUGGAAAGGCUGCAUUAAUGCCUGUAAAAGCUUUAAUCUGCUUCAUCUUGCUUUUGAUCCAGUUCCAGUAAUUUAGCAAACAACGACUCUUCCGAAAUAUACUGUAUACAAAUGAAAAUUUUAGCACUGACUGCUUAGCCAACUCUUGAUUUAAAAUCUCAAGACGUCCAGGAGUACAUUUGGAGUACAUAGAUCAAGGCUCUGAAGAGUUCCUGUUCUGGGCUAAGUUCCUGUUCUAUAUUUGCAUGCUUUUGUUUCCACCUCCAUGUACUCCUCCCCUUUGAAACCUAUAUGCUCCGCAGUGCUGGAUCUUGGUUAGAUUUUCUUGAAGAUUUCCUGAAGAUUUCUUGAAGACUUCUUGCAGAUGACUACAGCAAGUUUGAAAUAAAAAGAACUUCUCCUUUACCAAAAAUCAAAAAAAAAAAAUUGCUGACUGAAAUUUACACCUUCAGGUCUUUGACAGUUUUGGAAACUGAUAUGUAAGAAGCGCCUGUUUCUUUCGAUAUUGCUGGUGUUUCCGUUUUUGCAGAAGUAGAUAAAUAAUGUAGAUAUUGGAUAUCAAAAAAGUCAUAUUUUUUAUUGAAUACAACAAUUUUGUAUUAUAAUUAUUUAUAAUAUUAUGCAAUGAUUUCUUUUCAGACACGUUUCUCACACACUCCUAUCACCUAUUCCACUAUGCCCUGGCGCACUGUUUGAACUAAUAAGUAGUCCUGCCUCAAACUGUUCAAAUUUUAAGGUGAAUCUUUUGGAAGCACCAGAGAGUCACAGAGUCACAGUGUAUACUUACAUUUAUCUGUAGAUACAGUUAGACGUUGUCUUCUCUGAGGCAAAAAAUAUGAUCAUACAAUACAUGUAGCAUGUUCUGCGGUUCAUAGUGCACUUUAUUGUAAAUUGUCUGUUAUAUUCCUUUUUUUAAAUAGAUUUCUCUUAAUACUAUACAUAAAAGACAACUGCAUAUUUCAUUGAAUCUUUCUAUUUAACAUGAAACACUGUACAGAUGUAACAUCAUACAACUAGUAACAGAUCAUCACCUUUAUAUCCAAGAUAUAAAUAUUGUUAGUCAAUAGAGUUUCCUAUGUUUUCUUCUAUUUGUAUAACAAACGUUUGUAACAAAUGUCUGUACAGUAAUCAUGCUCUAAAAAAGAAUAAAGACUUUGUAUCGGUAUCCAAAAUGUUUCAUUCUCAAUGUGAGUUGUGUACUAAAAUGCAGUAUGCUGAAAAUGCAUGGUUCAUUUAUAAAGAAUAUUUAUCUUAAAAAAAAAGUUACACAAUGCAGUUAUAAAUUACAAAAUCUGUUCAUCUCAUUUCAGCUCAUUUUGGUUAUUUUCUAAUGCAAAGGGGAGUUUUACAAAUAAAUAAUGAGAACGAAAUAAAUAAAAAAUACAAGCACUCAAAUAUCAAUUUAAGUUCUAACUUGCACUCUGAAUGAUCUUGCACAAGAAAGCAUUAGAUCUGUUACUUGGGCUGUGAAAGUCGAGAUAUCACAUGUGCUCAUUUUACAUAUAGUCGUCCUGUACAAAAUAAUCAUCUUUUGUAUGUUUUUUUUU